CGGACGCUGCUAGUCUCGUUACUGUUUGUAUGGCAAUAGUGCAUCCGAGCUAACUGCAUCCGAGCUAACUGCUUGGCGCUAUCGCGCAGACAAUUGCUGGAGAAACGCUGGCAGAUGGUCGCAUAAAUUACUGAGUAUCACUCUAUAUACUGCGCUCAACAUUUAAUUAAUGUGUUGCGACUUGAUUCGUCUUUUGUAUCAAGUAGAUUAUUGUUGCUCGUGUUAGCUAACCGCUAACCCAACUAAAGAAAACGUCAACUGGGGACGAGCUUGUAGACAGCUAUGGGUGGACUGGUAAACGGUCGUCGUGGAGGAAGGUCUCCCCCUCUUUUGAUCGGUGCUCUUAUCGCCUGUAUCCUGGUCCUGGGCUUCAACUACUGGGUGUCAAGCUCCCGCAACCUGGAGCUACAAACUAAGCUGUAUGAGUUGGAAGGCCAGGUGCGACGUGGAGCAGCAGAGCGAGGAGCAACGGAGUUGAAGAAGAACGAAUUCCAAGAGGAGAUCCUGAGACAGAAGGAACAGAUCAGCCACAUAGAAAGCCUUUAUAAGAGACAGCUGGAAGGAUCUCAGAACACCUGCAGCCAAGAGAAGGGCACACUGCAGCAGAACAUUUCCUCCAGCACCAAAAAGAUGCAGGAUCUCAAAGGUCAGUUUAAUCAGGUAAACGAUGACCUGGGAAAGCUUCAGAAGGAGCUACAGAGUUGCCAAGGCAACAUCAAAACCCUCACCAACAAACUCACCUUUGACAUGACCCAUUGUCAGUCCCAGGUCUUGUCUCAGAAGGAGUUGUGUGAUGAGAGACUGGCUGCUGCUAAACUUGAAGUUCAGAAGAAAAUGGAUAAACUCUCCUCAGCCUCGGUUGUCUCCCCACAGGGAACAGCUGGAGCAACUAAAGAGGGCAAAACAGUGAUGACUGAGGUUGAUUCGGUUAAAACAGUAACUGUUGUGAGCCAAAUAGCCGACCUCUCUCAGCCCAAGGGAAGUGAUCCACCUGAACUACUGACCAAUGAGAUCAUCGUAAACAAAGGACCCGAUGCCCAAGUGGACCUGCCUCUGGAGGACUUCUCCAAAGUCGAGUCCCAGUCUGCUCCCUCAGCUGCUGCAGUCCAGCAGGACGUUUUGCUACCACCUGAGGAAGCUGUCAAAACCGAGGAGGGAGAGACCGACCCCAGGGAGGCGUUGAAGAACAACCUGACCGAGGAUAGAGAUCUGCAGGUGAUGGAUGCUCACGAGGAGGACGCUCGGACAGCAGAGGCAGACCCCGGGCUGGAAGGCAUGCUGAUUGGCCGGGAGAGGGCAGCUAACAUCCCCAUUGAUCAGAAACUCGAGGAGCCGGAAGAAUAUGAUGCAGACGAUGAAAUUGAUUUGAGUGACGUCGAUUUGGAGAAACAACAACAACAACAACAGCGUAAAAACACUGAAACUAUAGACAAGGACAUGGAAGAGGAGCUGGCUGACUAUAACGGAGAUGAUGAGAACGAAGGCGAGUUUGAAGCAGACAAACAAGCUGAGCUUGCUCAAAUCUAAGAGCCUGCUGAGGUAGACAAGGAGCCUGCUCACCACACGAGGAAGCACAACUUCAGCCGACAGGUCAAUGCAGCCCUCCAAACACAACCCCUACAAAUUAGACUUGUUACAUUUGAUUUCAGAAGUUUACCUCCUGGACUGUUUUUUAAUUUAGUUUAUAAUCUCAAUUGAUUUCCCUGCAUUGGAUUCGAUUACAUUUUCUCUGUAUUAGAGAAAGAAUAGUUACUGCUCCGUGUCAUCUCACAGUAUUCCGAAAGGGCCAUAAAAAAAACUGAAAUGUGCAAAUGUGAGCCAACCGGGAACAUUCAUGGUGUUCAUUAAAAUGCAUUUCACUGUGUACAUUAACCCCCAGCUUUUAUGGUGGUGAUGGUGCUCACUCUUUUUGGAUGUUUAGGUGUUUUAAUUAAAAAUAAAAUAUUAUUGGGUGUUUAAUUACCAUCACACA